AGUAAAAGUUAUAGGUUAUAUUUAUUAGCUACUUAAUAAUGGAUUAUAAAGAAUUGGCUUCUACAAUUAUACAUGAUCACAAAUAUCCAAUAGUUAAAUUCGAAAUUGAUAAAACUAAGCUGUUCAGAUGUUCCAGAUCUGAUAAAGAAAAUGCAAUGUUUAUAAACAAAUUAAACAGUUUAAAGGCUGCUUUACGUUUAUCCAGAGUUGAAAGGAGAUGUGCUCGAUGUAAAGCAAACUGGUUAAAAGAUAAAAGGCUAGCCCAUAUGACACACCUUGUUGGUACAAAGUUCCAGACCAUGGGUUUUGGCAACAAAGAAGGAAAAUUCCUAUACCCAGAAGAAAUAUUAUUCCUCUUAGAAUCUAACAGAGCUGAAGUGUUAUUAAACAAUAUUCCAAUGAACAUGAUGCAAGCUUACCAGGAACUGCUUAGUUCAGUAAAACAAGUGAAGAUAUAUCAAGUUUAUAGAGAACUAGUGUUUAAAGGUUUUAAUCUAAUCAAACAUAUGCCUUCAUUAAAAAUCAAUGAAGUAGAGGAUGUGAGGGAAGAAUCUGAGAAUAAAAGAAUUAAAUGUGAUAAAGAAGAAACUAAUGAAAUGAAUGAGGUUUUUCUUAGAUUGCAAGAAACUGGUCCUAAACUUAAUGAAAGGGUACUUAAUAAAGAAUGUGACUUUAAAUUAGCCAAUUCUCCUUUGAAAAUACACGUGAUGUUUAAUAAAGAAUUGGAUUCGAAGAUUGGAUUUUACAAUGAUUCACAGAAUAACAUUUAUUGUGGGAUUGACCAGGAAAUAACUUUCAACACAUUCACCAAUUUUCAAAUACCAUUUUUAGCCAUUGAAAAUUAA